AUGUCCCUCAACACGGCAAACUCUGGCCUUACAGGCCCCGUCAGCGACACCACAAACACCGCAACCACCGCCACAAAACCCGUCGCCAACACAGUCAAAGACACCACCUCGUCCACCCUCCCAGGCACCUUCCCGAAAGAAGAGCCGCCUACAAACGAAAGAAACAACGUCACCAUCCCCUCCUGGGGCUCCCUCCAGACCUCCUUCACGGCAUGGCUGAAAUCAUUUAUCCCCCGGGCCGUGGAUAUCUUUGAGACUGCCGUCCGCCGAUUCAUCAACUGGCUUAUCCCCCCAGCGAGACAGGCUGAGAUGUACAAGACUGCCAUGGAACAUCCGAUUGCGGCGACAUUCCUGGCUUGUCAGCUUCUUUGUGUGGGGAUUCCGUUUAUACUUUUCGUGGCGGGGACGUUGCUUUUCGCUGCUGUGGCGUUGAUUGUUUGGGUUGUCUUGAGUAUGCUGAUACUUGGUCCGAUUUUCCUUGUUGCGAGUAUGCUGGGAGUCGGGCUUUGGGGGUGGGGGUGGUUUUUGUUUGGGCUUGUUUGGUGGCUGGAUCGGUUAGUGCUGGGGGGUGUGAUGAAUCGGUUCUGGGUGCAGCAGAUGCAGGCCAGGAAGGCCGAGGAGGAGGCGGAGGAGAUGGAGAAGCAGAGAGAUGGUGAGGAUGGAGAAAAAGGAACGGCGAAGGAGACGAAUGAGGAGAAGAGUGAUGGUUAACUUCGAGUAUUGUUUGGUGCACGUUGUCAUGGUAUAAUUACGAGUCGAGCUCCUUGUGUUCAGUUAGCUGGCGAUGAGUUGUUGUUUGAGUAUGGACUUUAAUGAUACUGUAAU